CGCACUGCUCGCGACGCUCGUCGAGCAGUGGGCCCGGAACUUCGUGCAGAAGGUGGACAUGUGGCCGUCGCCGCCGAUCCGUGCGCGGGUGUACUCGUUUCUGUAUUUUGGACUGAAGCGGUUCCGGAUGCACGAUAUCGUCGAGGUCGUCCCGCUGCUCCUGCACCUCUCGCUUAUCCUGUUUCUCGCCGGCCUUGUGCUCUUCCUGAUCCCGGUCAACACGGCCGUGAUGUACCUAUGUGUUGGCAUCCUAGGACUCAUUAUGCUUGUCUACGCGAUAGUAACGGUGCUGCCUCUGCUGGCCUCUGACUGUCCGUAUCGCACGCCUCUCACCAAUGCCUGCUGGAACCUCGCCUUCCUCGGGAGACACAUCAUGGAACUCUUCCAUCCGAAUGCGGUGGCUUCCACGCAAACCAUGACGGAACGGAUGGUUGUCGACGCGACUGUAGCCAUCAGCUCGAGGUUCAAGCGGGACCUCCAUGCUCUGACGUGGACUCUCA